GCCAUCUGCAUGCUAGACCGCCAGGCGAGGCUGUUCUCCUGUGCAGCGGCAAAUUUGCCCUAGAAAUCUAUAACGAUGAUCAUUGAAAUCGCAAGAUAGGAUCGUUCUUAUCAACUUGGGAUUAUUCCUACAAAUGCAGUUAAGGCAGUUCAAAAUGCAAAGGGCAAUUCAUGAACAUCCUCUUGUUAAAGUUGACCCCAAUGUUGUUUAUCAGCAAUAUCAUGGAAGGUGGACAUGUGAUGGAUGCCAGAAUUCACAAGGCAAUACUCGAAUGCCAUACCAUUGUGCUACUUGCAAUUAUGAUGUCUGUGAUGAAUGUUUUCAGGGACAUAGACAUUUAAGGCACCAACAUCCACUAUACCGUAUGGACAUGGCACGAGUUUAUCCAGAGUUCCAAGGUGGUUGGAAAUGUGAUCACUGUGGAAGAAACAAGCAGCAGCUGCAACAAACCCAUGGGUACCACUGCCCUUUAGACCAGUUUGAUCUUUGUCAUGAGUGUUUUCAUGGAAAGCGACACCAAAUUCAUGUCCAUACUCUGAAACCUGCUGAUUCAAUCAUUAUGUAUGGGGAAUCAACUGGUUUGUGGCUUUGCGACUCAUGUUGUCUAAGUGGCAGUGAAAUUGGAAGUCGUUUUCCUUGGCACUGCGCAGAAUGUGAUUUUGAUGCUUGUGACUACUGUAUGAAAGAAUAUGACUUUCCUUUCCAUCAUCAUCCCUUGACUAUAACAGACUCAAGACUUUCAUACAAUGACUUUAAUGGUAGAUGGACCUGUGAUGUGUGUCAUUCUUCUGGAGGACAGGGAAUAAAUGGAAGAGACAAAUCUUUUCACUGUUCAACAUGCAGAUACGAUGUCUGUCUGUAUUGUGUGAAAAAUCUUACUAACUGGCCUAGAGGAAAUUUUGGAACAGAUGUUCCUUGUCCAAAUCCACCAAUAACCCAACAGCAGAUUCCACUACCAGAAUUCAGGCCAGAAGAUGACCAGGAAGAACCUGAUGAAUCACAAAGAUGUGAUAUAUGUUUGGUUCGCCGCAAAAAUGCAACAAUUGUACAUGGAAAUACCGGACAUAUUUGCUGUUGCAUGCGAUGUGCUUGGAUUUUAAAGACUAAGGGUGAAAAAUGUCCUAUAUGUAGAGCAAAGAUAGACAAUGUCAUACGACAUUUCACUUCCUAAGAGAAUUGUUUAUGUUUAAUUGUCAAAGUUUAUUUUUUUGCACCUAACAUGUCACUUGCCUUGCAGAAAACAAUGUAUCAAAACAAAAUCUAAUUACAAUUAAAUAUUGCAAGGAAACACAG